AUGAAGUCUUUUUUAGAAAGUUUACCAAAGAUUAUUAAAAAACAAAUACUUCAAGAGAUUAUAUUUGAUGUAACAAAACAUAAUACCCAUCAAAAUAAUAAUAAUAAUAGUGAAGGAGAAGAUGAUGAUAAUAAUAAUCAACAACACCAACAGCAACAAAUUAAUAUAAUCAAUUUAAUAAUAACAUUAUCGAUGGUGUGCAAGUCAUGGUUGGGUAUCAUACCAUCACUUUUCUAUCCUUAUCUACAUGUUGACAGUCUACAUCAAUUACGUCAAUUAAUACAUCUAUCACAAGUUGGUGUAUUACUCAAUCAUCAUAGUUGCAUACAAUUUAAUCAAAUUACAAUUCAUCUACAACAAGAUAAUAAUGAAGAUAGUCUUAAUAAUAAUAAUAAUAGUUCAACAAAUGAAUUAAUGAAAGAGUUUCUAAAUGGAUUAAGAGGAUGUAGAUGUUUAAAGGUACAUGCAUCUAAUAGUGAGGAUGACAUGUUAAAGGAUGUGGUGACACUCAACCAUUCUGUUCGGGAUUUACAACUCAUUGGUCGACUUCCCUUGGUCGAGUACACACACAUCCCCAAAGAAUUGUUACACAACUCUCACAUUAAAUCAUUGACUAUCAAGAAUGGUCUAACUGAUUUAAACGGUCAACUAGUCUUGGAAAGUUUAAUCACGCAAGAUGAUCAACAAGUCAAAGUGGACAAUUCAACCACAACAACAUUACAACAAAAUAAUAAUAAUAAUAAUAAUAAUAUGUUGGAUUUAAAAUAUUUGGGAUUAAUUGAUAAUCAAUGUGAUGGAGCAACAAUCAAGAUAUUGUCAAAGAUAAUGGCCGUCAAUCAUAAGAUGGAGAUGAUUUGA